CUUAUAGUGGGAGCAUGUUGCACACGGAGAAGAGCAAGACAAAACAGUCAUCCUAGCUCGACGACGAUGUGUGAUGAAAACAAAUAAUUAGUUUCAGAACUAUUCGCGGAGUAUAGCGAAAGUCGCGUUGGUAUAGCAAAUACAUUUCAGCACGGAGCUGUCAAAAGUGAUCCAACAACAUCUGGAUCGUUUUCCGAUUGGUGCAACUGUAAAGUGCAAUAUGGUCAUUUGAAAUUUGACAAACUGACUAUCGAAGAUUUGUGCCCAAAAGGUGUUGAAAGCGUGGUGGUCGUGGACGGAUUUGCAGAAACUCCGCCGCACACGGUUUUGACAGUUACCCAUCCCAUUCAUUGAACUGUCAUCUUCCGGAUGAGUGCGAUGUGCGCGUGAAGUGAAUUUCUAAUGCGGUGUUUGUCGUCGGAAGGUACCUGCAUAUCGUACCAAGAACGAGGGAAUGUGCCACUACUGCCGUGAAUCAGUGUUUAUUGAUCUGUUGUGUGUCUAAAUUGGCUAGCCGCCUUGCACGGCAGGCAAUGUGAAUCGAGUCGUAGAGUGAUAUAGCUAUAUGGCUACAAGAGCAUGCUGAAGAUCGUUGGCGCAAUGGAAGGCCAAGGCGAAUGUGUCACAAAUUGAAGAAAGCUUACCAGAUAUAGUGCGUAAACAGAGGGAAAAUUAGCAUAAAGCUCAGUUGCCACAUCGAAAAAUCGCGACAUAAUAGAGGAUUGCAUUGCACCAACAAGCACUGUGAAGCGCGAGUGUGUUUGUGAGGCUGUGUGUGUAUCGUCGUUGUUUAUAUUUUCACAUCUCGCCGAGCAGCCGCGGAACUGCUCCAAUGUUAUUGUUGUGCAUUGUGUAAGAGUUGCACAGACCAAGUUUAUGGUUUUAUUGCUGCUACUGUUGUUUUGUUGAUGGCACCAACGACGGUAAUGAUGAUGAUGAUGACGUUGAUGAUGGCGGCGACUGCAAACGAGGGAUCGAUAUCAAUUAAACGGCCGUUUGAAUCAAGAUGCUACUCUCUUCUCGGAAGCGGAACAAACAGCCGUUAACUACCGGGUCCCAAAGGCGCCUAUCUACAAACGGCAACGGCGACAACGAGGACGACGACAUCGUCUCACCACACAACGAACACUGCGACACCGGCAACGACAUUUCCGUCCCGGAAGCGGAUACAAGCAGCAUAACACAAUCAGCCCAACCACCGCCCAGCUUCAUCAUCAUCUGACACUUUACGGAGGGUGUGUGUGUGUGUGAAUCAUCUUCUGCUGGUAUUUUGGUUACACCUCGGUCAUCCUCAUCUGUUUGCCCGUUUCCGGAUUACACCAUGUGCCUAACUGGUGCUGCCUGGCAAACGAUCACGACAAGGACGACGCAAAUCACCGCAAACAGUCGUAACGGAGGGAGGGGAAAUGGUGGAAGUGUCCCAAAUUUAACAACCCUUCAAGAUUAAACCGAUCCGGAAGGAUAGUUGCUGUGGGGUGUAAUAAUUGUGACAGUAUAUUUUUAACGAAAACAAAACAGUGUCAGAGCUGUUUGAAUUAGCGGACCCUAAAAACAAAAGUGAUAUAUACUACUAAGGAGAGCGGAGCGUAAUAGCAAAACCGUGCUAAACCCGGGACCGGUUAUAUAAUGAGAGGACGACGUAUUCCGAUCGCAUUGCCAAACACAGGUGCCCUAUCACGUAGACGCCACACGCUUUACAUCCGAUCGGCCAUCAUCGUCUUUAUUCUGUUUGCAUUCCUGCAAUUCCACGUGAUAAACUAUGACUCAAACGAGUCGGGACCGGCGGAUUCCGCCAACUACUCGACGGCAGCGAUCUUGCAGAUGGUGCCACCGGUUUUCCAUAAAUACCUGACAUCAAAGACCCGGAAUGGGACUCUCGGUCAAAACGGCACCCACGUUGGAGGUCUGGGUGACAGCGCACAGCGGUCGGCCAACAUCAGUGAGAUUCUUCGCAUGAUAAACCGCUACAACGAACUGCAGACGAUCCUAAACGAGGACAUCUUCGGUCCGCUACAAAAUGAUUCUGUGAUAAUAGUAGUGCAGGUACACAAAAGGAUAACCUAUUUACGCCAUUUAAUCGUCAGCCUGGCACAGGCUAGGGACAUCUCCCGGACGUUGCUGGUCUUCUCCCACGACCACUUUGACGACGACAUCAACGAUCUGGUGCAGAGUAUAGACUUUUGUAAGGUUAUGCAGAUCUUCUAUCCUUUUUCGAUACAGACACAUCCGAGCGAAUUCCCCGGAGCGGAUCCCGAAGACUGUCCCAGGGAUAUCAAAAAGGAACAGGCACUGUUACGAAAGUGUAACAACGCGUUACAUCCAGAUCUGUAUGGCCACUAUCGGGAGGCCAAAUUUACCCAAACCAAACACCACUGGUGGUGGAAAGCGAACCGGGUGUUCGAUCAGCUAGAAGUUACCAAAUACCACACGGGUCUAGUGGUCUUCCUAGAAGAAGACCACUACGUUGCGGAGGACUUCCUCUACAUCCUGGAGCUGAUGCAGCUAAAGUCAAACGAACUGUGCUCCAAGUGUAAUAUCCUCUCGCUAGGGACAUAUCUGAAAACGUUCAACUACUAUACCUACAACAAGAAGCAGCAAAAGCAGCUACAACAACAGCAACAACUUCGACAGCAAAUACAACGCCAGCAACAGGCCAAUAAUGGCGGCGGUGAUGGUAAUGGUGGCUUUGGCGGUCAAUCCACCACCGAAAAGUACGCCUCCCAGUCCCAGUGGGGCUACCAAGUGUUGCCAACACUCUACUCGAUCUACCAGAAGGUUGAAGUGACACCGUGGAUCAGCAGUAAGCACAACAUGGGCAUGACGUUCAAUCGAUCCACGUGGCACGAUAUAACGCGAUGUGCGCGACAUUUCUGCGAGUACGACGACUACAACUGGGACUGGUCUCUGCAGCACGUGUCGCAGCAGUGCCUCAAGCAGAAGCUGCACGUUAUGGUCGUCAAGGGACCCCGAGUCUUCCACAUCGGCGAAUGUGGCGUCCACCACAAGAAGAGCAACUGCGAAUCGAACCAGGUGAUCUCGAAGGUCCAGCAAGUGCUUCGAGUGGCGCGCCGAUCGCGGCAGCUCUAUCCGAAAUCGAUCUCCCUGACGGUGGCCAGCGUGAUCAAGAAAACCAAACUACGCAAAGGAAACGGCGGCUGGGGAGACCAACGGGAUCACCAGUUGUGCUUCAACAUGACCCUGAUCGGACGGUAAUCCACAGAAUCCCCAGAAGUGAUACCGUUGUUGCUCCAGCGGUACAUUUUAUUAUACAUAGCUAGACUGAGACUUGGAAGACUCGCAUGUUGAUGUUUUUUGAAUUACACCAGACACACAGACACGUCCUAUUUUAUUUGUAAAUUAUAUUAGGUGUAAAUGUAACAGAAAACCAAAAUGACGACAGAUGGAGAAUCACAGAGAAAUCAUGCACGAAUGGAAUGCAAAUGCAAACACACACCAUAGGUCAGUCAUUCAGUGUAAAGGAGCGUACGUUUAGAAUUGUAAGACGGAGAUAAGAAUGUUGUUUUGUAUAAAAUGUGAAUACAAUAAAAUGGAGAACGUACACACCACUUAGUGAAAAAAAAACAGAUUAAUGUUUAAAAUAGUCGUAUUUAAAGAAUUUUAAAAAGUGUUUGUUUCGUCCAUCCACUCAAACCUCCUCUUUAGUUAGAAUAAGAUUGGUUAUCAUCACAAAAGUUUUGACACAUUAUAUUGACAUCACAUCUUCCAUCCAAUUGUUUUCCUAAUUUUUUACUAAGUUCGUAAAUUCCAUUGUGAUGAUGCAUUACAAAUAUGGGCAUUUUAAGAUGUAAGGUUAUUUAUUAGAUCAUUGUUUUCUGGGCACUUCUCUAAUGAUCCAUCCCAAAGGAUAGUACCACCAAUGAUUUGUUUUACAACACCAAAAAUCAAAACCCUUAAACAUUUGAAAAAACAACCUGACAGCAUAAAGAUGCAACCCCAAUUACCACUACUAAUUGAACUGGAAAGGAAACAUACAAUAAAGUUGUGCAAUAAGGUCAACCCAAUAGUAAAGCGACCUAUAGACAAACAAACAAAACAGUUGCAGUACGCACACUCUCUUAAAUACACAGUUUCUGCUUUUUUGUUGACGUUUCUAGAGAGCAAAACAUUCAAACCAUCUCCCAAAAAUAUCAUCUAGUCAUCAGUACCGAUCGGACCAAUCAAGUUUUUGCAUUUUGUUCUACUAAACUAAGUUAGUUUUUGUUUUCAAUUUACCGUUGUCCCACAGUUUGUUGAAUUUAUUUACACAUCUACAGUUGAAUAACUUUGUUGGUUAGGAAAUUCUGCAAAACCAAAAAAAAAAAGGAAAACCAUUUGUUCCACUUUUCAACCGCGCACAGAAAAUGGCGUUUCCAUUAGUUAUUAUGAGUUGAAGAAUAUGUGAGAAGUAGCGAAAUGAAAAGACGUGUAAACCAUUUUUAGGAUCGAAACAUUCAAAAUCUAAAAUGUAUGGAACGAUAAAUCGAA